UCGCCCACAGCGCCACUGUUCGGCCUGGCGGUCGGCGUAGACGUCAGAAAGUCCCGUGUACAGUAAAACUCGUCAACAACAAAGCUGGCCGGCUCCGUCGCUGGCCACUAAUGUCUUCGUUAGCAGAUUUUUCCGUUAAUGUGACGUCGGAGUUUAUUGCCGCCUGCCUAACGUAAUAUCCCAUCCAACUCCAUCGCGAUGACAGAGACAAAGGCCUAUGAAGAUUUCUGGAUCCACAGAGAGUGGAUUGUCCACCCGGGACGGCAUCAGGCACUGGAGCACAGAUAACAUCUCCAAUUUGGUAAGCCAUGAUCCCCAUCACUGAGCUGCGGUACUUUGUAGACACCCAGCCUGCUUACCGCAUCCUGAAGCCAUGGUGGGACGUGUUCACGGACUACAUUUCCAUUGUCAUGCUUAUGAUCUCCGUGUUUGGGGGGACAUUGCAGGUCACCCAGGACAAGAUGAUCUGCUUGCCCUGCAAGUGGGUGGUCAACCAGACCUGCAGGAGAUACUUCAAUGGCACCCUCUCAACUCCACUUACCCUGGAGCCCAGAGGGAUCCAGUACGACCUGGACCGGCACCAGUACAACUAUGUGGAUGCUGUUUGCUAUGAAAACAGACUGCACUGGUUUGCCAAGUACUUUCCCUACCUAGUGUUACUUCACACCCUCAUUUUCCUGGCCUGCAGCAAUUUCUGGUUCAAGUUCCCCCGGACGAGCUCCAAACUAGAGCAUUUUGUGUCCAUCCUCCUCAAAUGUUUUGACUCCCCUUGGACCACCAGGGCACUUUCUGAGACAGUGGUGGAGGAGAGUGAUCCAAAACCAAUGAAAAUGAACGGUUCUGUGGACCACAAAGAGUCUGUUAUCAGUGAGGAUGUUGAAGCUAGUGUUCCUAUGCUCCAGAGGACAAAAUCUCGUCUCGAACAGGGCAUUGUCGACCGAACUGAAACCGGGGUUCUGGACAAGAAAGAGGGUGAGCAGGCAAAGGCCCUGUUUGAAAAAGUGAAAAAGUUUCGCAUUCAUGUAGAAGAAGGGGAUAUUGUGUACAGACUGUACAUCCGCCAGACCAUCAUCAAGGUCAUCAAAUUCAUCUUGAUAAUCUGUUACACAGGGUAUUAUGUGCAUAACAUUCAAUUCAGUGUUGACUGCAGGGUGGAUAUAGAAAGCCUCACAGGUUACAGCAUGUACCGUUGUGCUCAUCCUUUGGCGACACUUUUCAAAAUCCUAGCCUGUUUUUACAUCAGUUUGGUGGUAGUCUACGGUUUAAUCUGCAUGUAUACCCUCUGCUGGAUGUUGCGACGAUCACUAAAGAAGUACUCUUUUGAGUCGAUUCGGGAGGAGAGCAGCUACAGUGACAUACCCGACGUGAAGAACGACUUUGCAUUCAUGUUGCACAUGAUAGAUCAGUAUGACCCGCUGUACUCCAAACGUUUUGCUGUGUUCCUCUCAGAAGUGAGUGAGAACAAACUGAGGCAGCUUAACCUCAACAACGAGUGGACGCUAGACAAGCUGAGACAGAGGAUCACCAAGAAUUCCCAGGAAAAGCUGGAGCUUCACCUCUUUAUGCUGAGUGGUAUCCCAGACACUGUCUUUGACUUGAUGGAGCUGGAGGUCCUCAAGCUGGAGCUCAUCCCCGAUGUCACCAUCCCACCAAUCAUUGCCCAGUUGGUCAACCUACGAGAAAUGUGGCUCUACCAUACGCCAGCUAAAAUUGAAGCACCGGCAUUGGCUUUCCUACGUGAGAACCUGAAGUCCCUGCACAUCAAGUUCACCGACAUUAAGGAAAUUCCCUUGUGGAUCUACAGCCUGAAAAACCUCAGCGAGCUCCAUCUGACGGGGAACCUCAGUGCCGAGAACAAUCGCUACAUUGUCAUCGAUGGAUUACGGGAGCUUAAACGGCUCAAGGUUCUCCGUCUGAAAAGCAACCUCACCAAGCUACCUCAGGUGGUGACUGACGUGGGCAUGCACCUCCAGAAGCUCUCUAUCAACAAUGAAGGCACCAAACUGAUGGUGCUCAACAGCCUGAAGAAGAUGGUGAACAUGACAGAGUUGGAGCUCAUCCGCUGUGACUUGGAGCGCAUCCCACACUCCAUCUUCAGUCUGCACAACCUACAAGAGAUUGACCUAAAGGACAACAACCUGAAGACCAUUGAAGAGAUAAUCAGUUUCCAGCACCUACACCGACUGGUCUGCCUCAAGUUGUGGUACAACCAGAUCGCCUACAUCCCCAUCCAGAUCGGCACGCUGACCAACCUGGAAAGGCUCUACUUGAACAGGAACAAGAUCGAGAAGAUCCCCAGCCAGCUUUUCUUCUGCCGCAAGCUCCGCUUCCUGGACUUGAGCCACAACAACCUUACCUACAUCCCAACGGACAUCGGCUUCCUCCAGAACCUGCAGUACCUAGCAGUGACAGCCAACAGGAUUGAGACCCUCCCAAAUGAGCUGUUCCAGUGCAAGAAGCUCCGCACCCUGAACCUGGGGAACAACUGCCUGCAGUCGCUGCCCUCCCGCUUUGGGGAGCUGACGGGGCUUACCCAGCUGGAGCUGCGAGGUAACCGCCUGGAGUGUCUGCCUGUGGAGCUGGGCGAAUGCCGGCAGCUGAAGAGAAGCGGCUUAGUGGUGGAGGAGGACCUCUUCAACACCCUGCCCACCGAGGUCAAGGAACAGCUAUGGAAGGUUGACAAGGAGCAGGCCUAGACAGACCGUGUGGUGUGUAAGAGACGUGACCAUCCACCCACUGCUGCUGUAGCCUGAGGCAUGGGAGGACCGCCCAGAAAGUUGCAGCGGAGCUGUAAGUGAAGCAAGUGCUGCUCCUAUUACUGUGCACAGCUGAGGGGACUGAGCUGCGUCUGUCACAGUGGCAAGAUUGCACUCUCUUUUCUAUUUGUGUUUUCAUUAACAUGCAAAGAUACGAAAUUGUUGAAAUUAGGGGUGUAACAGUACAUGUAUUUGCACCGUAACUAUUCGGUACAGGCCUCUGUUUACAGAACACAGGAUGUUCCCAAACGUCCCCUUAUCUCUGCCUGAUCAUGGGAGUAACAGUCUACAAACAAACAGCAAGUCAUUCUGAUUACUUUUAAAGCCUGGGUUUGAUUUUUAUUUCUUUUUUUGUCUUUUUCAUCUUAACCUGAGCUCUCCAUUGUAGUUAGCCAGCUCACUCUGUAUGUGUGCAGAGGCAGAGAUAGCAAACAAAACCAGUCAUUGACAUUGUAAUCAACUUCAUUCAUCAUAGGCUACACCAUGUCAGCGUCCUCAAAUGACUUCACCAAUUUUUACUACAAAUGAACGAGAAAGAAACAGACUUAGAGAACAUAUUAAUAAUAUGUCAUUGGUUUAAAGAACAAUGUAAGAAUAUUUUUUGUAGAUAUUGUUUAAGGUUAAUUGCCAAGUCAUCAUUAUUUACCAUCUUAUCACAGAAUCUCAUAAUGAAAACUGUAAGAGAAAGUCCCUGACUCUUUCUACUCACGUCUUUUCAAUUUCUUAUUUAUGAUGGAAGUUGAAAAUUUUAAGAGUUUGAUAUUGUCGCAACUGAACUGUGAUCCAAAAAACGAGGUACAGACCAAACCAUGAGUCUAAGUGAACUGUUACACCCUUAGUUGAGAUAAACGCAUGUUUAAAUGAACGAGUAUCAAACGAGAAGAGCCAUUGGAACUUCACUGGGUGUGAUUUCAGCAUGACAUCUGCAUAUGGGAUGAAAUGUU